CUACGGCAUUUUGCGCGGUUUGGGCGCCAGUUCGCCGGCAUCGCUCGCACGUUUUCGCUGUUUCUUCUGAUAGAUCCCUAAAAUUUCUGGAAUAAAAAGGAUAAAUAUUCCCAAGAGCAAGGGGGCAAUCCACCUAUCGCCCUCAUUCAAACGUCACCGGAUAUUGGUAACUAUGGCAACUACCGUCGUGAUAUACGGACAGACGAGAUAGAGGGUAGGUACAAGGUGCUAUAAUUCCAGCCAGAAAUGUUCAGCAACCACCCCUGUGGUUAAACAUUAGUGAACUAACUUCAUUGACUUACAAUUUAAAGUCAAGUAGAGGGAAUCAUCGAUGCAGGAUAGUUAAAAUGCCGAGUACCACCAUCCAUUGGCCACGGAUGAAUCAUUAUGCACGUUGACCAGGACUGGCACAAUGUGGUCAAAAUUACGUGCGUUGGGUUUUUAGCCGUACUUGGAGCUUUUUUAAACAUUGUUGUACUAGUUAUGUUCUACAAGAAGCCUUCACUCAGAUCUCCGUCAAAUAGAUUCGUCGGUAGUUUAAUUGCUUCCGAUUUGCUGUCAUCGACCGUCCUUGGUCCUUUACUGGUAUCCGGUAUAAAGACCAUCAAUAAAGCUCUUACGGUGUUCGUUGCUACAUCUACAAUAUUUUCAAUACUUGUUAUUGCGAUGGACAGAUACACAGCAGUUCUUAGUCCUCUUCAUUACGCGACAAAUGUUACUAGGCAAAAAAGUGUUUUAGUCAUAGGUACGGUUUGGAGCAUAUCAGCUGCGUUGACAUCACCAAUAUUAUUUAAGGACUUGUUAGCAUAUGAACAGUUUCCUGUGGCGAUGAUGGAAAAAACACACAGUCUGGUGUUGCUAGUGAUUGCAUUUUUAGUUCCUUGUGCUGCCCUUAUUUUGGUGUACUUCAAAAUGUACGUGGCGGCUCACAAGAACAGUCAGCGGACGCGCAAGCACAGCGUGUGCAUGGAGCCAGAGAUAUCGCGGCGCAACUCGAACGCCAUCUUCUCGGCGCUGCUGUUCCGGGAGGAGAGCCGGGCCAUGAAAACGUCCAUGAUGGUGCUGUCCACGUUCCUGUUCAGCUGGACGCCGCUGUUCGUGCACGUGUCCAUUGUCCGGUUGCCGGAAGAGGUGGUGUACACGUGCGCCCUGUCCGCGGCCACGCUCAACCCGCUUGUGUACGUGUUCCGGAACGACGCGUUCCGCAAGGAGAUGCUGCGCGUGGUCUGUAGCCGUAAACGGUUGCGUGAAUCGGCCGCGGCCAAGGCGUCCACCGGUUACCAGCAACACCGGCUGAUGACGGCCCACCAGUCCGACAGCGUGUCGGUGCACAGUUUCCGAAUGUCGUCCGUCGAGUGCCAACACUCGUUCGACUCGGUCACGCCGCCGCCCGCCGACUUUGUCGCCACGUACAAUCCGAUAAACGGAUCAGAGCGAUGUACGCGUUACGAGAGUGUUACAUUCCGGUUGGCCCAGCGCCGUUGCCAAUACUGCAGCAGACAGAGUUCCGACUCGUCGUUGAGUAGUAAUUAUCCAUUGCUGGUUAAUAAAAACCGUUCAUCGAGCGAGCCAAACACACCAAAACAUUACAACAACAACGAAAACCGAAUUGUCAUGUUUAAGGUAGCGGAAGUGGAAACCAAAAGGAACAAACUACAAAGGAUGAUGGCGAUAGACACUGAUUGUCCAUCGACUCGAGUUUAAUAAUAAUAUGCCAAUGAAACACGAGUCAGAACUCAGCUGAUCUUAUACUAUGCCGCAGCCAAUACACAGGCACCCGCCAACGUCGACAACGUUUGUCGAAGGAUAUAGUCUAUAGAGUAAUAUUUAUGUAUAUUUUUGCAUUAUAUAAUGUUAUUAUUAUUAUGUUCCAUAUUGGAAUCUAGAUGUAUCAAAUUAUAUCGAUGUGUGGUAAACUUCCUCCUCUUUCCCACACAGUUGCCAAAGAAAAAAAAAAGUAUUAAUUUAGUGUUAGUAUGUCAAUUCACGUGACGGAAUAAUGUCAGUUAUCGGAAAACACCUGAUUACUUGGAUGCAUAAAAUAUAUUAUACGGAUAAGACUGCGGUUAUUGUGAUCUAUAAUCUAUAUAAUAUGAUAAAAGUAUGUCCAUUUGUGCACAUACCGCGACGAAACAGUUCACUGCUGAUGUUAAUAAACCGAUGUCGCGUGUGCUGGAUGACUUUUUUUCCCACAGCGAAAUCCGCUCUGAUCUAAUCUCCAUUCAACGGCGGAAUAAUUAAGUUUGGUUUUUCAUCUUCGAAACAAUUUGUUUUAUAUAAUAUAUUGCACGAAUAAAUGUUAUGUUUUGUGAAUAUCCCAAAAACUGUUCAAGCCGGUAACUUAUGGUUUCAUUAAAAAUGCAAACCUAGACCAUCAUGUAUUAAUAUUUAUUUAUUAAGUACGGAGGGAUAGCCUAAUGGUUAAUUAUUAUUACAAUAAUAUUAUUAAAAAAUGUAUCCUACAUUAACACUAAGAAAGAAAACAAGAAUAAAUAAAUCUUAUCGGACAAUUCCAAAUCAUUUUUUAAUGAAUUUAGAAGCAUUAGUUUUCAGUUUAGUUCAAAAGUAUCGGUAUAUCGUAAUAGUUAUUAUUUAGUUGUUCAAAAUAAUUUUAUGGAGGCAUCUACUGCUGUGAUUAGAUUUAGAUUUAGCGUUUAGCGUUUAAAUUCACGACGACGACUAAAUCAUUCUUUACACGUACGACUAAUUUCUAUAUUAUUUUUUCGUUUUCAUAUUAUUGUGAUACUUGUCUUUCUUGUGUAUAAACACUAUAAACGUUAGUCCUUUGAAAUAUGUAUUAAAAUUACAAUUCGUUGGAAAAACGUUGUUUUAUUUCGGUCCUUGUGAAAUGAAAAUAACAAUUUUAAAGAGGCUUAUAGUGAAUUUUGUAUACUGUUAAUUUUAAACUAUAAACUAUGAUCCAUGACCAUUUAUUAUUUUCGGUAUAAAUUGUAAGCGUAGUGAGAAAAUGAGAAAAUAUAUAUUAUUAUUACAACGCUUUUAAAGUAGCUUUUUAACCCUUUUACUAGUCAACAUAAUAUAGUUUUUUAAUACUCUGAUGAAAGUAUUUUCAUUGUCUUUAUUUUAGUACUUCAAAAAAUUAUUUUUAUAGUUAAGGUAGCUUAUAAAAUAUAGUAUUUAUUAUUCAAAAAAUAUGCGUAUAAUAUUCCAUAGUAUACUUUCAAGUGCCUACUCAAAUGUUAUAAUAUUGCGGACUCCAAGUACAAAAUUACUGAAUAAAUAAAAUAUAACUUGGAAUCGAUCACCUGUUUCUUGUAUUAGGUUAGGUCAAAAUAAAAUAAGACAAAAAAUGUUAUUAAAUACCAUUACAAUAUACAGUAAAAAGAACUAAAAAUCACAUAAUAACUACUCGUGUCGUAUCAAAUCAACACAAAAAACGUGUUACAAAAAUGACGAGUAGGGUUUAAAUAUUCUUCGAAUAUCGAUGUUCAAAAAGAAUAACUUCAGCAAUAUAUUAUAAUAUAUAUAAUUAUUUGUAUGUAUAUAAUACUAUAUAUUUAACCAUAAUUAUACAAUAUUAUGAUAUAAGUUAUAAAAAAUAUAAUUUAUAACAGUUAAAUUAUAAAUUUUAUCGAAUUUUUCCCUAUGCAUUUUUAACAUUCACACAAAGUAGAUACGAUCACGAUUUAUCUACUCUGUCUAUAUUGACAUAAAGAAAAUUGAAUAAUUUCAUACACAACAAACAAUAAAUAGAUAUAAGUAUAUAUUUUUUAUGAUUACAAAGGAACGAAAUGCUUUACGUUCGCUAUUAUUAUAUUUAAUAAUUUUUGAAAUGCUGUGUAUUUUUUUUUUAUAUUAUCUUUACAGUCUUUUGAUUGUAGUAUAUUAUAAUAAUGAAAUGAAAUUAUUAAAUCAAAUAAUAUUUUAAAUUCUAAUUUUAUCAUACACAGUAGUUUAAUUAUGUAAUUUUUGUUUUAUUUUCCAAUAUUUAAUUGUAAAUUGUAUACUUCAAACUUGUUUCAUAUUAGCUUUUGUACAAAAACAGCAAGGAAUAACUAAUUAUAUUUUUACUAUAAACAAAAAAUUAUAUUAUUUCAGUGGUGUAAUUAAGGGGGGAGGGGGGUAAUUGGGAUUGUCGUAUCCUUUCAUGAUCUUUUUUUUUUAAAAGACAGAUUAACUACAUUUAUUUACUGAUUUAACAAUAAAUAUUAUUGUAUAUUUUGUAAUUAUUUGUUUCCAUGUGGCCCUUGUCAUACGCAUACAUACAUGUAUUGUAUUAAAAGGAGAUGCACAUGAUAAAUUAUUUUAUUUUUUUUUUUUUUUGUGGGGGGGUAAAUGUAAAAAUGUCACCCCUACCCCCAACCCGCCACAAACAUGACCAAAUUACGCCACUGAAUUAUUUCAUCUACUUAAUUUAUAUAUAUAUUUGUGUAUGUGUGAGUGUGUAUAAUAUUUUAAAUUAAUAAAUAGAUAAAGUAUGAAUAAAUUAUUAAAAUUAAUCUAUGCAUUAAUAAAAAAAUUGAAAAGUAUAAAUUCUAAAAUUGUUAUACCAUAACGACAUAUUAUUUCAAUUAGGUGCAAUUAUUAAAAUAUUCUUUUUUCGGCCAAACCUUUUUAAAAUUAAAAUAAUUAAUUUUGUUAUUAUUUUAUAAAUUAAUAAACAUGGACAAUUUUACGCGUUAGAUAAAUAUAACAAAUAAUCUGAUUCGCGUUGCUUUCAAAUAAUUUGUAAACUUCAUUUUUGAAUGGACUAUUCUCCAUUUUGCUUUGACAACAUUUUUCGAAAUAUGUGAAUUUAAAUUAUGUGAUCGAUUUAAUAUCUUAUAUUGUAUUAUAUAAGUGGAUGAAAACAAUUAUAUCCUUUUUUCUUUGACAUUAUAAAUGAAUUCAGAUUAUGUAAAACUAUAACUUUGUUGCCAAUAUAUAAGAAUUAUCAAUACUAUUUUAGUUAAAUACAUACGUUUUCCACAUCGUUUGUUAUACUCGUCUAAAUAUUCAAUUUUAAAAUAUAUUUUGACGUAAAUUACCGAUAAUAAUUAUGAAGUAAUCGUCAGUAUAAAAAUGUAGA